CGAAUCCCCAAUUCGGUUGCCUUGCCGUGACCUGCACUUGUACCUGCGCAAUCCGUCGCAGAUGAUCCUGACUGACAUCAAUCCUUCUCAUCUUAUCCGUUGGCCAUAGUAGGUCCCAUCUUAAUACUCGAUCCUUUAAGGACCAAUCUCUCUUUAAUUCACCAAGAUUUCCUUUAUCGAAUAUCGUCGUUCUCUCCGAUCCAGAAUCGUCCAGCCAUGUCUUUCGAUCAGUUAUCGUCGAUAGAAUCCGGCAGCGGGGCUGGUCGUCGCCAGAAUAAUGGCGCCUACGCGGAUGACCCGGAGUUCACUCGAUUAUCGCAAGGCCUUAUGAACAAACUAUUUCAUCUGCAGGGUAAUAUUUCAAAGCUCAAGUCGGAUAUUGGUCUCCUCGGCACUCGACGGGACAAUCCCAGAUUGCGCGAGCGGGUCCACGGUGUAAUUGAGGAGUCUACGGAGCAGUUCAAGGAGGUUGGCGAAGGUAUCAAGAAGAUUCAGACGUGGGAAGAGCCUACCCCUACCCAGAAGUAUUCGCAACAGAAGCUAUCGCGCGAAUUCAAAGCUGCCCUCAGCGAAUUCCAAACCCUUCAGCGCACCGCCCUUGAGAAACAACGAGCCUCGGUUAGCGCAGCCAAGGCGGCGCUCGACCACGAUCAAUCUGGCGAGGGCGCACCGUCUCCCGCCACCGGUGAGCAACUACAGCUUCAGCAGCAGGAACAAGUCCACCUGGCUCCCCAGGACGAAGUUGAUUUCCAAGAGGCUCUAAUUACCGAGCGAGAGGAGGAAAUUCGCCAGAUAGAGGAAGGCGUUGGUGAUCUCAAUGUGCUCUUCCAGCAAGUGGCGCAGAUCGUCAGCGAGCAGGGUGAGGUGCUAGAGACGAUCGAGAGCAAUGCCGUGAACAUUCGCGACGAUACCCGCGGUGCCGACUACGAGUUGAGAAGCGCCGCAAGAUAUCAGAAGAACGCCCGGAGCAAGGCAUGCUGCUUGCUAUUGAUCCUAGCCGUGAUUAUGGCUAUCGUCCUCUUGGCUGUAUUCGUGGGAUGAAUCAAGUUCUCCAGAAAUUUGAUGGUGCAUGAGCGGCAUCUUGGGCGUUUUCGGAGUUAGCGGGGGCGAGUUCGAACUUCUCUUUAGGUGUAUCAGGAUUGUGUUAGCGACGGCCAAUAAGAAUUGGUCGUCUCUCGGGGCAACUCAGAGAUAUCUGUUCCCUCCUUUGCGGUUUCUGGGUGGCAAACAACCGUACCCC